GCCACGGCCACGGGGGGCGCUCUCGAGAGAAAGAUCCAGCCCCAAAGGCCCAAACCCGAAACCCCUCUCUUCUUCCUCCUUCCAUUGGGGUCGCGUCCAACAAGAGGUUGGCCAGCCAUCCCGCGCGAGCCACUUCCUCUCUCCUCCCCAUCGGAUCCAGCGCCACGCGGAUCCGCAAGGCAAUCCAUGGCCUCUACCCAGGCGGAAGCGGAGGCGGGGGCACCGGCCCCGCCCGAGGCGGCGGAGGCGAAGGAGAAGGGCAAGCAGGGCGGGGUGCUGGGGAGGGUGUGGCGGGCGCUCUUCGGUGGCCGCGAGGACUUCGAGAAGCGGCUGCAGUACCUGUCCAAGGAGGAGGCAGCCGUGCACGCGCGGAUGCGCCGGCGGACGCAGUUCUCGCGCCGCGCCGUGCGGAACCUCAUCGUACUCUCCGUCCUCGCCGAGGUGUUAGCUGUUGUUUAUGCCAUCAUGACGACAAGAAAUGAGGAUCUAACUUGGCAAAUGAGGGCAAUACGAGUGCUACCUAUGUUCAUUCUUCCUGCUGUAUCCUCUGUCAUAUAUUCAACAGUUGUUAACUUCACAAGGAUGUUUGAGCAGAAAGACCAGAAGACCCUUGAAAAAUUGAGGGCUGAGAGGAAAGCCAAGAUUGAUGAGCUUAAAGAGAGAACAAAUUAUUAUCUAACACAGCAGCUUAUUCAGAAAUAUGAUCUUGAUCCAGCCGCAAAGGCUGCAGCAGCUUCUGUUUUGGCAUCUAAGCUUGGGGAGGAGACUGGCUUAAAAGUUCAUGUUGGAGAAGAACCAAAGCUGGAUGCUGCAGUGGCCAGAAGCAAUGAUGUUGAGAUAGUACCUUCAGAUGGUUUGAGAAACAGGAAGCAACCCAGUGCAAGAGGAAGCAGGACUGGGAGCCCCACUUCUCAUACCCCAGCACAGGGAACUGAAACUAAUCUACCUCCUGCUCCUGCUAGUGCUGGCCUGGAAACUGCACCAGCUCCAGUGGUGGUAGAGCAUCAUCAAGGUUCAGGGGCUAGUGAUGGUGGUGGAUGGAUUGCAAAGAUUGCUGCCUUACUUGUGGGGGAGGACCCAUCACAGUCGUAUGCUUUGAUAUGUGGCAGCUGCCAUAUGCAUAACGGCUUGGCCCGAAAGGAAGAUUACCCACAUGUUACUUACUACUGCCCGCAUUGUCAUGCAUUAAACACAUCAAAACAGUCCAUGGGGCAAUACUCAGGCUCCAACUCAGGCCGGUCGACCCCUGUUGUUCUGGCUGAUGGAUUAUCUACUUCCAGUUCAGUACAAGAGACUGAAUUGAGUAACCUGACGACAUUGCAGGAGCUACCCGAGGAAGGAAAGACAGACAAGCAACAAGUGGAGGCAAGUUGAUGGUUCUUAUGACUUGUACUGUUGAUGUGUGUGGAACUAGUUUAUCUUUAGACUUAUAUCGUCAUGUGUUCAACUGGUGGAGCCACAAAUUUAGCACUGUUGUAAAUUGGAAAUAGUGAGUGAUAUGAUCCUCGGAAGCAUAGCACGCAAAAACAAGAAAUGGGACAUGGUGUACAUCCUUGAGUGGAUGAUUUUUUGUUGUCAUAUAGAGCGCGAAGUCUUCUUCCUGCGAGACAAAAAGCUAUAUGACGUUCAGACAAGAUGGUGGUGCAGGAUAUAACAUAAGAUCAUUGCUUGUUCAGAGAACAGCGACAUGUAGAAUUUUUUGCGUUUGUCUUGACCUUCGGUCUUUUCUUUGUUGUUUGUUACAUUACCACCUUACAGCAUUUCGUACACAGUUUCCUUAUGAUGUUGAAACCGUACUUUUCAUUUGGCGUUGCU